UUCGUUAUCUUCUUCCCAGCCGCCUUCUUCCUCCUCUCCUCGACAUGACAAUACUGCCUCCUUCAUCCUCUCCCCUAAGCUCCCCCACCCUGACCUGCCUCCCUUCCGACUCUGACGGGCUCCGCCGCCGCCCGCGAGCCGCUCCCACUUCCCGGCUCCAGUCAUUCCCCGACACUCCCUCGCACCGUCGCCCACAACAUCCUUCUUCUUCCUCCCUCCCCCGAACUAUAAAAUGAUGCCGCCGAAUUACUCCAAAGCAAACGGGCCCACUCCCGCCUAGCGAAACGCCGAACACACUCCACCAGUUCCAGGCCCCCACGCCCCCACCACACCCGCAAAACAUGCCGCCGCCUCCUCCGCCGCCGCACCUCCGCGGCGUCGCGCCAGCUCCGGUAGCCGCCGCUCCCUCCUUCCUCCGCCUCCCCGUCCACACGCGCCUCCGCGUCCCCGCCCCACGUGCAGCCGCCGCCUCCCCCGUGCCCGCCUCUCACUCCCCCCACGAGCACGAUGCCGACCUCCUCAGCCGGGCCGCCGACGUGGCCGACCGCUCCGCGGGGCUCACAUCCCCGCACCCCAACUUCGGGUGCGUCAUCGCGCGGCCCCAGCGUGAGAAUGACAGCGCCGAGUCCUUCGUGGUCGGCGAAGGGUUCCUCUACGCGCAGGGGACGCCCUGCGCCGAGCUCCUCGCUGCACAGGAGGCCGGCGAGCACGCGCGCGGCGCCACAGCGUACCUCAACCUCGAGCCCGGGGAUUGCUACGGGGAUAGCACCGCCAUCGGAUCCCUCGUCCAGGCAGGAAUUGCAAGAGUUGUGGUGGGUCUGAGACAUCCCUUGAAGCACUUGAGAGGGAAGGCAAUUCAAGCAUUACGAAGUGAAGGCAUUCAAGUUGAUGUUGUGGGGGAGGAUCUGCAGACUAAGCCGUUCGAGGGAGCUCUGAAGUCAUGCCUCACUGUAAAUGCUCCAUUACUUUACAGAGCUGCAUUUAAUGUCCCUUUCUCUGUUCUGAAGUAUGCUAUGACAGCAGAUGGAAAAAUAGCGGCAAGUAGUGGACAUGCUUCUUGGGUAAGUGGUAAAGCAUCCCGAGGGCGUGUAUUUGAGUUACGCGGUAGAAGCGAUGCUGUUAUUGUUGGCGGAAAUACAGUGCGCUUUGACGAUCCUCGGUUAACUGCAAGGCAUGUUAAGGGGCAUGUUCCAGUGCGCAUAGUGAUGUCACAGUCUCUCAACCUUCCUGAGGAAGCAAAUUUAUGGAAUGUUAACGAAGCCUAUACAAUUGUCGCAACUCAAAGAGGGGCUCGGAGAGAUUUCCAAAAGAAGCUUGCUAUGAAAGGUGUUGAAGUAGUAGAGUUCGACAUGCUGAAUCCAAGAGAUGUUAUGUCAUAUUGCUAUGAUCGUGGUUAUCUUUCUGUAUUAUGGGAAUGUGGUGGGACCUUAGCAGCUUCUGCUAUAUCCGCAAGUGUUAUUCAUAAGGUCUGUGCAUUCGUGGCCCCAAAAAUAGUUGGGGGAGUAAAUGCACCAACACCAGUUGGUGAAUUAGGGAUGAGUCAAAUGACCCAGGCCAUUAGUUUUAUUGAUGUAACGUAUGAGCAGAUUGACAGGGACAUGCUCAUAAGUGGAUUCAUCCAACCCAUUCCUGACCUUUCGCCAGUUAUACCAUCAGUGGAUAAAAUACCUUCCAUUGAUCCAGAAGUAUCUCCAUAUGAAACAGAUAUUAUUUCCUUUUACAAGACUUGGGAUACUUUUGGGGCUUUCUCAAACUUUUCUUCCCAUCCAAUUCACAUGCCUGAUGAUAAUGGAGAUUAUUUCACAUGGCCAACAGUGGAACACUAUUACCAGGCUCAUAAAUUUGUUGGAGUUGACAAUCCUCAAGCAAGAACCAUUAUCCAAGAAAUAAAGCUAGCAAAGAGUCCUGAAGAGGCUGCUAGAAUAGGAAGGACCCGGCAAAAAGAGUUCCCAGAACUGGUACGAACAGAUUGGGAGACUAAAAAAAUCGAUGUGAUGUACAGAGCUAUCAAAUGCAAGUUUGCAACCUACCCUAGUCUGACUAAUAUGUUGCUUUCAACGGCGGGCUCAGUUCUUGUCGAGGCAUCGCCCCAUGAUUUAUUUUGGGGCGGUGGGCGCGAGGGUGAAGGUUUGAAUUACUUGGGUAGAUUGCUGAUGCAGCUGAGAUCAGAGAUUCUGGGGACGUUUCCAGCAAGUGUCAAGGCGGAAGAUGCAGCUUGAUUUGCAGGUGAGGCAAUCUUGCUUAGCAAGAGAGCUGAUUGCAAGAUCAGGCAUUUUGGGCGGGUUGGUUCUCGAUUAGUACAGUACAUCUGGCAGUGAAAGCAACCGCUAUUGAGAUUUUGUUCAAUUAUCUAUGCUUGGUUUUCCUUCUCUUUUUUUUUGCUAUCCAAAGCUCAGGUGAUGCUUCCUUGCCCUGAAGAAAACUGUGAAAAAAAAGGUUGGUGCUGCACUAUUCAAUUAAAGUGUGAAUAAGAUGUAGUAUUUUUUUUUUGGCCAUUGGAUUAGAAACCAUAUAGGUUGAUGAACAAGAUUAUGCUCACCUGCAAAUUAACGUUCGUGCUAGGGGUGAAAUUCAGGGAGAUGCUAUCCCUUUCAGA